AUGGCACCCCAAGAUAUGUUCUUUGAGGAGGAUGAGGACAACUGUCCGCUCUGCAUAGAAGAACUCGAUCUUUCCGAUCGUAGCUUCCGACCAUGUCCAUGUGGCUAUCAGGUCUGCCAGUUCUGCUUCAACAACAUCAAGAACAACAUGAACGGACUCUGUCCUGCGUGCCGAAGACCGUAUGACGAAAAGACGAUAGAGUGGAAAGUCGUGACACCAGAAGAGGUUGCCGAGUUCAGUGCGAAUAUCCGGAAGAACCAGAAGAAACGAGCACUAGACCAGCGGCAGAAGGAGGUACAGAAGCGCGAAGCUGAGAAAGAGAAUCGGAAAAACCUCGUCGGCGUACGGGUCGUUCAGAAGAACCUCGUUUACGUGACGGGGUUGACACCAACGGUUCGAGAGGAUGAGCUCCUCAAGACACUCAGGAAACCCGACUUCUUCGGUCAAUACGGCAACAUCCAGAAGAUUUCGAUCAGCAAUCGAAAGAGUUCGGACGGUCACAACCAAUCUCUCGGCAUCUACGUCACUUUCGAGAAGAAGGAGGACGCUCAGCGAUGCAUCCAGGCCGUCAACGGUUCUCAGAAUGGCGACAGGGUGCUGAGGGCCCAACUUGGCACGACCAAGUACUGUUCCGCAUGGUUGAGACACGAGCAAUGCACGAAUCGACAGUGCAUGUUUCUUCAUGAGCUGGGAGAGGAAGAAGACAGUUACACUCGCCAGGACUUGUCCUCGAUGAACAGCAUCAACACCCAACGCCCUCUGCCACCAAAUGGCAGCUCGUCCCGAUCCGCCUCUCGCCAGCAAUCGACGCCCGCUCCUGGCCCUCCGCCCGGCCCAACACCCGCUGCCGCGCCUGUUGCUCAACCAAUGGCUCGCUCCUCGAGUAAGGAUGAAUCAGAAAACGGGGGCGAUGGGUCUGCUCUGCCUUCCUCUGCGAAUUGGGCCCGUAACCCUCAGCGCAGUCGUAGAGGAAGUCAUGCUACUAGCGGCGCGGCUCCGAGUCCUGCGAUCUCGACGUCACUCCCUGUCACAGCUGAAGCUGUGCCGGAGGCCAUCGACGAAUCACCCGCUGAAGAGUCCUCAGCACCGUCCACCUCCUCGCAAUCUGAAAGCCCCCCAAGCCCGGUAGUCGAGCGACCCAAACAGGUUGGCAUUCCGGAAAACAUUCUCAAAGCACUUCUAAAGGCCAUGGAAGCCUGUCCUUUCAACUUUGCUGGUUGUGAUUCAACCGAGACGAAUGACACUCCACCUAUGUUCGACAUGCGUGGUGGCGAGAAGAGGCGAGCCAUGCGCGAAGAAGAGGAAGCGCGGCUCGCUGUAGACCAGGAAGAGCAAAUCGAUCAAGUCGAGCUUUCGGAGGGCGAGCCUGAAGCAGGUGGUAGCCUUGCGCUAGGCGGUGAGCCUGAAGACCGCGACGCGCCUCGCGAGGCAGCAUUCGACCAACGCCGCGGAAGCGCCCAGCCUCCUAUCCAGCGCGGUAGCACGGACGGCAUGUUUGGCCCUGCUAUCGGCUCCGGCUUCAGCCAGGCAGCAUCCAAUGCUGGAAGCCGGUCCAUGACACCACAGCAGCAACUGUACAUGAGAGGCCAGAGUGGAUUUGGUGACCACCUCCCCCCCGGCAUCACACCUGGCCAGGGAUCGCUCGCACCGCAGCAGGGCGGUGGCCAUAACCGCCAGGGAUCAAGGUUCAGUUUUGCCAAUGACAAUUCUGGCUCGUCUUCGAUGAAGGUGUCUGCGAACCCGCGGAUCAUGGCUCAACAGUCUGCGAUGAUGCCAUCGUCUUUCCACGCACAACCAGGUAGCCAGUACUACUCGUCUUCCAUGCCUGGACCACCUCCAGGACUUAAGUCGACGGGCACGCCCCCAGCCAUGUUCGGACAGGGCCAGGGGUACGGUGGCGCGGGCUUCGGUGCCGCGUCAAAGGAUUCUGCUGAGCUUCUUCAGAGCUUGAUCAGGGGCCGAGGCGCGGCCAACAGCCAGGCUCAUGAUGCCGCAAAGCCCCCUGCUCCGGGUCUCCUGGCGUCGCUCUACGGUAACCCCCCUGGAGCAUUCCAAGACUUUGGUCCCAAGCAGCAGAAGAAGAAGGGGAAGAAGCACAGACAUGCUAACACUUCCUCCUCUGGGGGAGGUGGCCUAGUCGAUCUUGCGGACCCGAGUAUCUUGCAAGCAAGAAUGCAGCACCAGUCACAGGGCAGCGCCGGAGUCGGACAGGGACUGUUCGGUGGACAGAGCCAAGGUGGGUACAACCCUAACAUGAUGUACAACACGCGGUUCCCGGGGCAAGCUAUCAUCGUCUUCCACAUGCUCCAAUAUGAUGAACUUCCUUCGCUUGACGAAGCAUCGAGCUCCGUUGACGCGUUGGUUUCAGACGACCCAUUGGAUACGAACCUGUUCAUCCAAGGAUUCGGAUCAUCGCGCGCCUCUACAGCUACACCUGGUCCGCCGCCAGGCCUGGGUCUAUCCCACAGACACCCAUCACCCGCUAUUCGCACCACGCUCGCGGCUCCCGUAGUUCCUACGAUGCUUCAGCAGCCCGCGCGUGCCGCAACCCCUGCGGCUUCCAAAACGCAAACACUUGCGAGCGUUGUCGGCUCAGUCACACCCGAUCAGACCCCUCGCAAGAAGGUGCCCGGCUCCGAGGCGAAGAAAAGUAUCAAAGCAUUGGCAGUUGAGAGUGGUUUGUCCAAGGAUAUAGCCGCGUCUUCGCCAGCUCUUCGGUCAAAGAAGCUCCUGCAAGAAGAGGACUUCCCUGCCCUGGAUGCUGUCAAGAGCCCAGCACCCAAGACGAUCGCCCCGGCCGUGCCAUCAGUCCUCACGCCCAAAACGGCGGUGACACCCAGCAAAAAGCCUCAGACAGAAACAAAAGAGACGAAUGCGUCUUCUGAGCCAAAACCCCUGAGCGAGCCAGUCCCGUCGACGCCUUCCAAGGUAACCGAGUCUUUGAAGUCGCUCGCCAUAUCGCCCAUCAAGCCUACGUCUAAGGCUGCCGAUUCUAAGCCAGCGCCGGUUCUGAACAUUGCCGCAGCCGUGAAAGCUGCCCAGGCAAAGACAUCAGCAGAGGCCUCAACCGUCUCCUCCUCUGAUAAGGCUGAUUCGGCUGCAUUUCCAGCUUUACCGCCGCCAUCAGCAGCCAGUGUCUCAUCCCCAAGUGUCAAGGCAGCACCCAAGACUCUUCGUGUGGUGAACACGCCAAAGGCUGAAGUGCCACCCACUCUACCUAUGAGUGGCACACUGAACGCAGCAACCCGGGCUCUGUCUGGCGUCCACCGCCCUGACACGCCUGGAAGUCAUGAUAUUAGUGAUACCGCCUCGGUAGUGUCCACGUCCAUCUCUGUCUCUCGCACCAGCUCCCCGCCGCCCUCAAGGAUUGGUUCCGCUCCUGUCCGGACCAACACCAAGAGCCAACAGCGCAAGGCGCGCAAGGAAGCCAACAAGGUUGCAGCAAUCGUCGAGGCUGCGAAACCUGCUGAGCCCGAGGAGCAUGCGCCCAUCCUAGGCCGCAAGAAGAAGGUCAAGAAGGAGAAGCCCGUCAAAAUCACAGAGAAGAGGACUUCAGCAACUGCGGCAGCGCCAUCAUCGACUACUGCUGCUGAAUCCAAGACGGAGGAGACUGACAGCACCACAGUUGCUCCUAAGAGGUCGGAGGGUGAAAAGCAAGACCAGAAAGCCAAGGCUGGUAACACGACCAACGCUUCCCAAGACAAGGGGAAAGGAAAGGAAAAGGCCGUCGCGCCGUCGCCGAAGAACACGCCAAAACCUGCCUCACCAGAGCCCGCUGCUCCGGCUGCCGAGGAGUCGAAGGAUGCUGGCGAGAACCCCAAGACAACCCCAGAGUAUGUCUUUCAUGAGCUUGUCAGCAGCGGCAUGUCUUUUGCGGCCGAUAUGCUGCAGCUGUUGAAGCCUGUCAACGACCAGAGCAACCGCAACGGUGACCGUGCUGCCGCCGCCGCCGCUGACACCAACAACCCCCCUCCUUCGACUAAGAGUAUCGUGACGGAGAAGGAUCAUGCGAAGCUUCUUUCCGGAAAACCGGUUCGCAAGGUGAUCGAUGGCCAUCGAGUCCUCAUCACACCCAACGGUGACUGCCUGCGUCAUUUGACGGAGCAGGAGGAACAGAACUACCUCUUCUACCAAAAGCGUGUCGCCCUGAUGACGGAUGAGCCUGACGCGUUCGUCGCGCCCCGUCACUUUCCCCGAGGCGGCGGCUUUUCGCUCAUCAAGGGGCGCGCGGUGCCCAACGGGGUUCCGUCUUUCUUCCCGCCCCCGCCCUCGCAGCAGCAGCGCCUGUUCGCCGAUGACCCCGUCAACAAGCUGCAGCGCGAGGAGGCCAUCAGCUACAUCAACCAAUUUGUACUGCCGCGCCUGAAUCUUGGCACCGCAAACCUGGGGUUCGCCAGCAACUGGAAGUCGCACGGCAACGCGAACAACAAUGCCCAGGAAUUCCAGUUGACGGGCACCAAGCGCGAUGUCGCCGCCGCAAGCCUCAACACGCUGGCGCCCUGGAUCUACGGCCACGACGCCGCCGCUGGCGCAGGCAUAUACUCGGCCGAGAGCGGUAACGGUGGCCUCCGCGACGUGCCGGAAGACGAGACUCCCUUUGGCGGCCUCGAUUCGGCGCACCCGCACCACCACCACCCGCACCAACCUCAUGGCGUGGGCUACGGCAGCGGUCCCGACGGCGUUGCCACGGCCGCCGGCCCGGGCGGCCCGCAGCAGUACUCGACCAAGCUACCACCCCUCAACGGCAUGUCCCUCAUGAGCGUCGAAGAGGCCGAGUCGGCGCUGCAACUCGCGCGCAAGGAGACGGAACGUCUCGAAAAGGGCCUUAACCAGGUCAUCAAGCGCAACCGCCGCCUCCUGCUGCCGGCGGGAAGGGCUGUCGUCGCGCUCAUCGAGCGCGUCUUCCUCGUCAUGCUCGUCCGCGCCGUCGUCGCGUGCGUCCAGCUCGUCGCUGUCGUUGUCGAAGUCCUCUCGCGGGCCGGCAGGCGGUUGGCCGUCGUGGCGCGGGUGUAG